CCUACCGGGUUGCCGAAGUCCCGCGGCAGGAGGUCUAAAGCGGUGCUUUUUUUUUUUUUUUUUUUUUUUCCCUCGGCGUUUUGGGUUUUUGUUUCUUUUUUCUUUCUCUUGGAGCCUCCGUGGUUUAAAAGGCAGAGAACAUCUGGAAAGGGGUCGCUACUCCUGCCCUCAUUCCUCCGAGUUCGCGAUUCCGCCGUCCGCCAUGGACCGCGUGUGUGCAGUUUUCGGAGGCUCCAGGGGCAUUGGGAGGGCAGUGGCCCAGGUGAUGGCCCAGAAGGGCUACCGGCUGGCCGUCAUCGCCAGAAAUCUGGAAGGGGCCAGGGCCGCCGCCGGAGAGCUCGGCGGAGAUCAUUUGGCAUUUAGCUGUGAUGUUGCCAAAGAACGCGAUGUUCAAAAUACAUUUGAAGAAAUGGAGAAAAAUUUAGGUCGAGUUAAUUUCUUGGUAAAUGCUGCUGGAAUUAACAGGGACAGCCUUUUAGUAAGAACAAAAACUGAAGAUAUGAUAUCUCAGCUUCAUACUAACCUCUUGGGUUCCAUGUUGACUUGUAAAGCUGCCUUGAAGACUAUGAUUCAGCAGCAGAGAGGGUCUAUUGUUAAUGUAGGAAGUAUUAUUGGUUUAAAAGGCAAUUCUGGCCAGUCUGUGUACAGUGCAAGUAAAGGAGGACUAGUUGGAUUUUCACGUGCUCUUGCUAAAGAAGUAGCAAGAAAGAAAAUUAGAGUGAAUGUAGUUGCACCAGGUUGGAAAACAUUUCAAAGAUGCACACCUUACAUAAUUUCCCUAAAAGGAACUUAAAAGACAUGGCAGUGGCGGGGCGGGGGAAGGGAGGCAACACCAAACUCUUACCUUACAAUCCAUUCUACACAGUUUUCCUUCUUGAACUGUUAGAUCUCCGGGAGCCUGCAAGAAGUGAGGUCUGAAGAAUCGCUCCUGAAUUGGUUCAUUCUCAUCUCCACUGUCCCUUGAUCUAGAACGAGGCCUUAGGACAGGACAGAUAAUAAACAAAAAGAUGGAAGGAAAAGAAGGAAACAAAAGGGGAGAGGGAGGGAGGAAGAUAGAAAUUAUUUUCAGACUCUUGAUUUUUAUAAUAAUACAUGGAGUAAUUAUAUAAUUUUCUUACCUGAUUCCUAUUCCGAAAGUUUGCACUUAAAACCAGAAAAGUUAGCAAAGUCUUGUUUCAUUUGGAAGUUUAUUAUGCACUUAAUAGUCUGCUAAUUGCAGAACUUAAAUAAUUCCGCUAUCCUAAUCCUUAAAGCUAAUAUAAAUCAUAAAAGGGGAAAUGGGAAAAAAUGAAGUACUCUAUAUUAACCUAUUUUUCCCUAAAUAAAUAUUUUUGAAAGCUAUAUGAGAAGCAGCAGCAGCUGUUGCUCAUUUAUUACCAAAUCUUUUCCAACAGAAAGUAUAAUUUUCCACUGGGAUUUUAAAUUUAUAGGAAAUUAAAAUCUCUUAUUAUUUUGUAAAAAUUUCCUAUCUUUCUAAUCAAAAUUCCUUUUCAUAUUAACCAGGAAAACAAAUUAUAUUUUUUAGCUUUAAAAUAAGAUUGUGCAUUCUUCCAGAUUUGGUGCAUCUCUCUUGAUUUGAGUAGGUUGUUAGAGGCACCUUUAAGAAUAACACCAUUUCAAGUUAAUUGAAGGGAAGAUGCAACAAAGGAACAGGAUACUGAACAUAAAUCCUGUCACUAAUCAUUAGAAGACAAGUUUAAAAACAUUUAACUGGAAAAGGUAAGAGUAGAACAAAGGAAAGAACAGUGUAAUAGGCUAAUAAUUACUAGCUUUUUAAAAUAUAUAGUUUACUAUUCUCCAAGCACAGAUCUCAUUUGUGAGAAUAUUUUUCUAGUAGACACGGACACAUGGAAAAGCUUAAAUAUUGAAGACACAAGAAAAGCAGAAGAAAGUAAUGCAAGAGAUCUGCUACUAAAUAUGCCCUGUUUAUAGGCAUGUGCAAAGGCCUAACUAGGUUCUUGUGACUAGAUAUUGCCACAAACAAGUUAGAAUUAACCCCCCAUGUGUUUCGGUGCCAGAACAGCCUUCCAAAUUGUUGAGCAAAGGUUUCUGAGCAUGCGGUCACAUGGGGUGUAGACAGACAUACCACUUGUCUGGGGCUUCCUCAGUGUUUCUGGCUUCUCUUCUGUGAGCCUAACUUAGUAUGUACGUGCGCUCACCAGCAGUAUUUGCAUGUGGGGCCUACAGUCUAUAUAGUCAGGGCUAUUUGAGACGCUCUGUAAGAUAUCUACAUAGGCACCCAACAUGACAGCCAGGGUGACUUACCCUAUUUUUUUUAACUGCAAAUAUGUUACUAGGAAGUGAUCUCCUUUUCUCCUCCCUGCCUACUGUAGUUCCGGCAGUAUCCUUGCAUAAGCUCAGGAUGACUAGGAAUAGGAAGCACAUUUUACUUUUAACAAGUACUGGUUGAACUUUUAAAAUAGGGCACAUUUUACCUACAAAAUUGUCAUAAAAAAUAAACUGUUUUGAAUGAAAUGACUGAAAAGUGAACAUUCACAAACCAGCUAAUUUUAAGAAAUCUAGUGGCAAAAAGAAAGAAAAGAAAAGAAAAAAGAAAAGGAAAGAAAAGAAAAGAAAAAAAAAGAAAGAAAUCUAGUGGCAAUAAUUUGUCAUGGCCAGUCUAGACCGCUGCUGGUCUAGAACUUUGGUUUUGAAUGGCUGUGUACCAUUUACUAAUAUUUUCAUGUUAAUGUGCCUGCCAUUUAAAGGUGUCUAGUCUUGUUUCUUCAUAUACUGACUGGGCCCUACUUAACAAAUUAGUGGUGGUAUAUUUAACUGGGCUUAGCCACAUUAGCAACUAACUUUCCCUUUUUUGAAUUGCAAAGGAGCAUAAUCAUCGAGGGGCUAGUCAAUGUAUACACUUUAAGACCGUAUUCAUGUUUUUCUGUCUUCUGACACUGUCUGCUCUUCUUGGUCAUACCAUGAUUUGAAUAUCAUUGAAUUUAUAGUAAUGACUAAAAUAAAAUAGUAGUUAACACCUAUGGGAAGGAACAUCUGCCAUACCUUCUGACAUGAGGGUGGCCUGAGGGAGAGCGGGGACUGCGGCCUCUUUGGUUGACAGCCUGUACCAUGAGGCGUCCAGUACAACUGAUGCGGCCCUGUCAGAGACAUCAGAAAAAGAAGUGAUUGCCAUGCAGAACAACUAACCACUAAGCACCAUGUUUACUGUCCUGUUGUCCAUAACAAACCAAUAUGCCAUAUUAGUAAGAAAUGUACUUUCCCUGAGUUAAACUCCUUGGCAAACUCUCUGUUUGUUUAAAGAACUUGGUGACUAGGUCUUUCUUUGAACUAUUAAGAAAGCUUUACUGUUUUAUCUAGAAUGGUAUUUAAAAUCACACUCCUUAAUGAACUAAUUAUAAUCUGCUAUGGUCUCCCUAACACAUGGAGUUGAAUUGUACAAUAUAGCAGGAGGACAUUAACUGUCUUGCAAUAAUUCCAUUUUUAUGGUCAAAUAUCUAUUAGUUGUAGCUAAUUCUGAAAUCAUACUAGAUGAUUUUAGUUUUCUGACGUAUCUUUAUAUAUAUAUAUAAAAUGUCAGUGGUAUUCCUUCUAAAAACCACAUAUUAAAAGAGACGCCAAAAAAAAAAAAAAAAAAAAAAAAAGAGACGCCA